UGAUUCAGCCGACAGACCUCCAGCACACCACCGAUGAUGGAGGGCGAAGGAGAAGUUGAAUCGUCCGGUUUCCCAGAGAGAUGGGCCUCUUGCAGGUCGUGUGGAUCGGCGUCCUCGUGGCCGUCUCUCGGAGCCAAGAGAUUCAGAGCUGCAACGUCGGCGUGGGCGCUUUGACCGUCGGCAGCCCUGAAGACGCGGCCGCUCUGGCGACCUCCCUUCUGUGUUCGGCGAACGGUGGCUUCGCCGUUCAGUGGAAUGGAGACUCUUCGUCGAAGAAACAAUCCAUGUCACUAGUGGCACAUCCCUUGACAUCACCGGAGCUGGACCAGGCGCCAUUGCCGAUGGACAGGACGCCACCGAAUUGUUUGUCGUAGACGGGGGUUCCAGAUUGCACCUCUCGGACAUGAUCCUCGCGCACGGUAACGCUUCUAGUGGCGGGGCUAUACACGCGAACCAAUCGAGUGUCUCGUUCAGCGGAAGCAUGUCGUUCAUCUCCAACUCCGCCCUCCUUUAUGGAGGUGCAAUCUACGCGUCUAGUUCGAACGUGUCCUGGUACGGUGACGGCGCCCAGUUCAGCUUCAAGUCAGCGAGUGAGCGUGGAGGCGCGAUCUACGCGAUCGAUAAUUCAAGCGUGUCGUGGAAUGGCGAUGGCACCUAGUUCACCUCCAACUCCGCUGGCCGAUUUGGAAGCGCGAUCCACGUGGAGGACUAUUCACGCGUGUACUGGAAUGGCGACGGCGCCCAGUUCACCUCUUAACUCCGCUGACCUUGACGGAGGCGCGAUGCACGUGUCGUAUGAUUCGGCCGUGGACUGGGAUGGCGACGACACCCAGUUCACCUCCAACUCCGCUCUAGGGUGGCAAAGUAAAGGAGGUGCAAUCUGCGCGAUUGAAAAUUGAAACGUAUCGUGGGAUGGCGACGGCACCCGGUUCACCUCAAACAAAUCGGGCGAUUUUGAUGAAAAUGGCUCAGGCGGUGCAAUCUUCGCGGAGCUGUUGUGCUCCGUUUCCUGGACUGGUGACGACACCCAUUUCACCAACAACUCCGUUGGCAGUAAGGGAGGUACAGUAUACGCGUUUGGCAGAACGACCGUGUCUUGGGACGGCGACGGCACCCAAUUCACCUCCAACUACGCUAGUGGCGACGGAGGUGCGAUCUCCACGGAUAGCUCGAACCUUUCCUGGAUUGGAAACAACACUCAGUUCAGUUCCAACUCUGCGGGAGCAGAUGGAGGUGCAAUCCACGCAGAUACAUACAUCGCGCUUUGGGAUGAAAGCACGAACUUUAGCGGCAACUUUGCGGCGGAAUACGGCGGUGCCCUAGCUUUGAUCGGAUCCGAAUACGGGUACGGGUCCGAUUUUUACGGCCUGGUGUUCUCGAACAACACCGCAACGUUCGGUGGGGCGAUGUACAUGUACAACGCUGAGGACCCUAUCAGCUUCACAGACGUGACGUUUGAGUCGAACUCGGCCAAUCGCACCGGUGGAGCAGUCGCCGUGGCUGAGAGCUAUUGUGUAACGUUUUCGAACAAUUUGGCAGGCGAUGACGGAGGGGCUGUCGAAACGUUGGCUGGAGAGCAAGCGUUUCUUUCAUGCGAUUUUGAGGGCAACUCAGCGGGUGAGGGGAACCAAACCAUUGCAAGGGCACUCGUUUUUUUAGGGAGACUGCAGUAACUAUCCCGGUUGGGCAGUAAGGCGUUAACACCAUUGCUUUAAGAGAUGCACCCUGGACAUCAACCUCUCCCCGCCGAUCCCCUUUGCCAGUUGUCGGCGGAGCUAUGUGGCUCGGUGGCAAGGCGAGUGUCACCGGUUGCUCCUUCCUCUCGAAUGUCGCUUACACCGACGGACUCGCAGUUGCUGUGGUUGGCUCUGUCAAUAUCACCGGCUCGUCGUUCGACGGAAACCAACUGUCCUACGAUGAUGGGUUGUACCGAAGUGAUACGGAGGAAUUACAAACGUUAAAACGGGACGGCUUUUUUUUUUUUUUGCCGGUGGUGGUGCUUGAAUUUGCGUUAAGUUGCUUCUUCUGGGUGCGAAUCGCGACACAUGACCCUCGAUUGUUGGGGGGAGCCCGAGGGGUAAGCUGCUGCGCAUUGUGUCACCACCAUCAACAAGAUCAGUGGGUUUUCUCGAAUUGCUCGAACCACCGGGUUUCUUCAAACCCAGACAUGCUAUCGACUGUUGUAUGUGCGUCAACUCUUGUUGUCUUUUAAUAAAGUAGGAAGAUACCAAUUCACGCUUCGAGACGGAAUGCACCGACUGUCGUGCUUAGAAUGAGUGCUCCGGGUGUACCAUCACACGGGGUAGUGUCACGCCGGCAUAUGAUGCACCGUUAGAGCACACCUCGGCCGACGAAGACGGCGCUACCUUGGAAACGCUCGACAUCGAUUAAGGCUUUUGGCGUGCAACAAACGAGAGUGAAGUCAUCCUGGCGUGCUACAACGCGGAUGCUUGCAUCGGGGGACAAACGGGGGCGGACAGCUUUUGUGCCCCAGGAUACAAGGGACGAUGUGAGCGGGGGACAAGGACUAAAGCACUUGGCUCUGUUGUGUUGUAUGAUAGACAUAAGAACGCACCGCCCGCUUCUGUACGUGUCUUUCCCAGCCCCAUACGCCCCUUCCUUGCUCGCACGUGCGUGCGUGCGCGGGUCCAUACCUUGACAGAUUGCGCUGUGUUCCAAACCCACUAUUCUCCAUUACUCGCUCACACCUGUACGCCGUGCUCAAGCUCGAGACGCCAGGGACUGAUGUCCGCCACUGUCAUGGCCGUUAUUGUAACACUCCUUGCAAUUACCACAAUUUCCAAGUUUUGUUGUCGACGGAGGCUUAAGAGAGGAACGUCGGGUGCUUCCAUCGAAGGGUACUUCGAGCCGUCCCCCUCCAAGCAUUUAAGAUCAUCGUCGUCGUGUGGCAGAUAUUGACCCAGGUUUGCUCUCGCCGGGCUGUUCGCGUUGGAACACCAAGAUGCUUGCAAUAACAUAGCAGUGGCGAUGAUUUAAGAUCCAUGCGAAAGCAAGUUAUUGCUGACACGAUGUGUGCGGUAAGGGGACAGAAAUUUGGCGUACAUGUUGUGCAAAGUUUACGGAUGGUGAUCGAGACAGGAACAGCACCAUGGCCUCAGGCCAUAGAAAUUGAGCCACGCCACGUCCAAACCCAACCCUUUUGUGUGAUCCCCGCACAGAUUGCAGACGCGGCCAAUUUCACCUACCCUGGCGUGUACCAAGACUUUCUGAGCGCCAUCGACGUCGUCAAUUUGGACCUCGGUUCGGUUAUCGCGGCCGGGUGUGUGUGGUCGACAUGGGCUUCCACGACCGGCUUCUUGUCGCCACCAUAGCGCCGUUGGUUGUUGUUGGAUUUCUGGCGAUGACUUACGGGAUCGCGAUGCGUAAGAACAGCGCAGCCGGCCAUCAUUCUGCAGGAGAAAAGAUCCGCCGCAAACAUCUGACGGCUCUCCUACGCUUGACGUUCCUGGUAUAUUCGUCAGUGUCGUCGACGGUGUUCCAAACGUUUGCUUGUGAGACACUCGAUGACGGGAUCGAGUACCUCCGGGCGGACUACCGUAUCCACUGCACCGAUCCCAAACGCGAGGCCUUUCAGGUGUACGCAGGGUUCAUGAUCUUGGUUCACCCGCUGGGCAUCCCCCUGUUGUACGCCGGCCUUCUGUUUCAACGUCGCGACGUAUUGGCCCAUGAUGGUGCGGACAAGACGGUAGCCCAGCCGAUUUCCGGCCUGUCUGUGGGAGCCGUACAGACCCGAGCCGUUCUACGACGAGGUCGUCGAGUGCGGGCGCCGUGUCAUGCUGACCGGCGUUUUUGUCGUCAUCUUCCCGAACGACGCGGCCCAAAUCGCGAUAAUGAUGCUGGCUGCCUUCUUUUUCUUCUCGGCUUUCGAGGUGCUGUCGCCGUACAAACCCGAGGCCGACAUGGGGCUUUCGCGCGGGGGGCACGUGAUAGUGUUCCUCAGCAUGUUCGAUUUGUUGCUGCUGAAGGUGGUCGUGUCCGACGAGCGCGACGAGAGCCAGGCUGUCUUUGCUGGAGUGCUGGCGGCAGGCCACGUAAUGAUGGCCCUCGCCAUUGUUGUCGAGGUGGCUGGCAUCUGCUACGCGUCCCGGAGGAACCGAGCCGUCGAACAAGAAGCGGUGUUGCCGGAGAGGCCGCGGGCGGGAGAAUCGGAUAAUGCCCCGUUCGUCGAGUCAGCUCUGCCGUCGUGGAAAUCGUUUUUGAGCAGAGAUUCAGUGUCAGAAAAGGCCGGGCCAAAUCGAAGCGUCGCUGUGGCGACGGGAAGUCUGUAGAGCUAUUGGUAUUGUUGUUAGCCGUUCUUUUGUAUGUGUGUGGGCAUAAUGGCCGGCUUGAUUCUUGGGUGCGUGGUGAUAGCACACAGGUUUCUGAAGGUAAAUUGGCGGCCCUCCGCGAUGCGGAGGAUUCGGUACUUCUGGCGGGCUGUUGCCAAAAAAGGGUACAAUAGUUAUUACAGCGUGAAAUCCGCCUUGAGCGUUGAGUGUGUCGCUAGUGGACGCAGUGCGCGCUUCGUUUCCGUUUGUUAUUGUAUUUCAAUGUUUUUGGUGUUAUUCAAAACAAGGGUCCUUCUGUGGCAUCGUUGCCGCUCUUGCCUCUGUCUAGUUUCUCUGGCGUAGUGGCAUCACCCCUGAAACCGGUUUCCGGAUGCCUCCAUAAUUUUUGUCCGUCCGUUACAGCUCCGUGUCUCAGCGCAUUUAUCUCGAGGAGAGCGAUGGUACGCGAGGCGGGUGCUUCACCCAUCGAAAGUCACCAGACCCUUUACCCCGGGCAGCUACUGUACAUAUAGUGUAGCUCUUUUUGCCUUCUCGAAACACCCGGGGAGU